AUGACUUGGAACCUCGUCACCUCUCUGCUGCGCAGUGCAGUAGCCGGCCCCUCGCGGCUGCCCACCUCCGUGCGUGCAUUUUCCACCUCCUCGCCUCUCUCGGUGACGCUGCAACAGAACCUGCGCGGCGCACGAAAGCCGCACCGUCCCACGGUCAACAAGGUGCCCGCGCUCGAAAGCAAGCCGUUCGUAAAGGGCGUGUGCAGCAAGAUCUUCACCACCAAACCCAAGAAGCCCAACUCGGCCAUCCGCAAGGUCGCGCGUGUCAAGCUCUCCAACGGCCGCUCCGUCGCUGCCUACAUCCCCGGCGAGGGUCACAACUUGCAGGAACACUCGGUCGUCCUUGUGCGUGGUGGAAGGGUCCAGGAUUGCCCCGGUAUUCGCUACCAUCUCGUCCGCGGCGCUCAGGAUCUUGCCGGUGUCGCCGGAAGAAUGACCUCCAGGUCCAAAUACGGCGCCAAGAAACCCAAGGCUGCGGCCUAG